AUGAAUAUUUCAUAAAGAAUAAUAAAUUAUUUUUGUAUAGUAGGAACAGGAAAUAAAUUAAUAGCUCAGAAUAGUGAAUUUUAGAAAUGUAUUAAAAAUGAUUUUAAAUCCUAGAACAUACUUUGACAUCUUUGGAAAUAUAGAUAGGUGAUUUAAAUGAAGACAUUCUGAUGAAAGAUAAUGAAAAAUGGGUAGAUCUUUGUGGUAAUAAACAAGUGUGGUUGAGAUGCAUUUAUGAUUAGAAUUAAUAGCCAAUCACAACUCUAACAAUAAAAGAAUUAAAAAUUGAAGAUAAUGAAUUAGUAUUUUAGUUUUAUAAUAAUACAGAAAAUACCAUUAACAGAUGAUAUCUAUCCUGUGCCAAUAAAGCGUAAAUUCGAUUAAUUAACACAUCAAUUUAAGGGAAUUAACAAUGGAUAUUCUAUAUAUUAAGGAUUUUAUGACAUUUCUUAAUACAUAGAUUAGCAAUAAAAAAAAAGUCAUCACUUAGUCUUAUGCUAUAAAACAUAAAAUUAACAAAACUAUCAGUAAGCAAUUAGUGAAAUCUAAAUAAUAUUGGCAGAUAAAAUUGAUAAAAAGAAAUACACAUCUUCAUUCAGUGAUAUGAGACUAGUAAUUCCAAAAGAUUUUCAUGCACUUUAAUUUCCAUUAUGUAAUUUUCGUUUUAUCAUCUUCAAAUAAAGUAAACAAAUAUUAAAAUUUUCAUUUAAGAAUCGUCUCCGUUUAAAGUAGCAUAUAUGCCAAAAAUCAUUGAUAGAUAUCCUCUUGCAGAUCAUAAUGAUAGUCCGUUAUCUCAUAUGAUUUCUAUGAUUCCAAUGGUAUAUAUACUGUUUUUAAGUUAAGUUUUGUUUCCCACAAGGAAUUUACUUUGAAAAAAGUGAAAUAGAUCCAAUAUCUAAGGGAUAAUAAAUAUUUAAUUUUGUAUUGACAUCUGAAACUGGUAAACGAACUUAUUGCAUAUGUUUGAUUUUCCAUGAAAUAAUUCCAAAUGAUAUUUUAGAUUAAUUAGGACAUAUAGAUAAAAAACAAUCAAUAUGUUAUCCUAAGGCAUUGUGUUUAUUAAGUUCAUAUAAUUGUCUUGAGUAAAUGAGAGAAUUAAUAAAGUAUAUUUAUAGAUGUUCUCUUUCUAAAAAUAACAUUCCAAUAGAAAGUACAAUUUGUAAUAUCAUAAAAAAGAUUAAAUUCCCUCAAUAAAUCUUUGAAUAAGAGAAUAUUUGUCUAAAAUAUGUAUUACCUUCUUAAGAUAUUUGUUUUUAUACCAAUUAUAAAUAUCCUAUUGGAUAUAAUGAAGCUUUAGAAUGUUUGUUUAGAUUGUUGGAUAUCAACAGAAUAAUUAAUAUCUAUAGUGCAAUACUGUUAGAAAAGAAGAUACAUUUUAUUUCAAAUCAUUUAUCAGUACCUGGAUUGGUAAUAGAUGCAUUUCUUUAGUUAUUAUUUCCUUUUUAAUUUACAUCUAUUCUUAUUCCUGUUUUACCUGAUAGCUUAAGAGGAUACAUUGAAGCUCCAGUGCCUUUUUUAAUUGGAUAUAGUUAAAAGAAUAUUAUUGAAUAAAAUCAACAUACAUAGGUUGAUAGUUUAUAUGUUUAUUUGGAUACUAAUUUUAUUGUAAAUUGUGAAAAUUUAACACCAAUGCCAGAAAAAGCAUUAAAGUAACUUAAAUCUUCAUUAAAACCAUUUAAUAAUUUAUUUAAUGAUGAGUAUUCAAAAUUCUAUUUAAAAAGAGUAGAUUAAGCUUAUCAUAUUUAUAUGGAUGAUUCAAACUAUGAUCCUGAAAUCAAUAAAAAUAUAGAUUGGUAUUAAAUAAGAAAUGCAUUUUUAGAAUUUAAUAGUAUUCUAAUGAAAAAAUAUAAAAAAUACAUAAUUGGGAAUUCUAAUAAUGAAGGUGAUUUUACAGAGAUAUUUAACGUUUAAGCUUAUUAGGAUCAUUGGAAAAAGGAUAAAUUUAUAUAAUAAUUUAUGGAAACUAGAAUAUUUCAAUAUUUUAUAUAAGAACGUACAAAAUUUAGUGAGAAUGAAUCUUAAUAUUAAUUUUUUGAUAAAUACAUAGAUUCUAAAGAUUAGAAAUUAAAAUUUCAAAUACCAAAACAAAUAAUUGAAAUUUAAGUGGCUGAUGAAGAUUAGUUAAAAGAGUAUAUUUAUAAAUAUGAUAAAUUUCCAUAAUUAAAUCAUGAAAUAAUGAAAAAUGAUCUUGUAGAAGAGUAGGAAAUAAAUUAAGAGAUUCUAUAAGAAACUAUUCCUUAAUUGGAUCAAUAAAAAUGGCCUAAGUAUAUAUUGGAAACUAUAUAUAAGAUUUGGUUUUUAAUAUUUAUUGUGAAUGUUAGAAAUAAUCAAGACAAUAAAAUAUUUAAAAAAAUGACAGAAUUAGCUAUUUUAGUAUUAGAAUAUAUGAGAUUGAAACAUUUAAAUUUAAAUGAAAAAUUAUUUAGAUAUGUUCUUGAAUCUUGUGGUUAUUUUUAAAUGGAUACAAAAGCUUUAUAUUUGGUAAAGUUAAUGAAAGAAAUUAAAUUGGAAGCAUCUCCAGCUACACAUGGUAUUUAUUUUUAAGCUGUUGCUUAAGCUAUGAAUUAAAAAGGAUUGCCAAGUGAUUAAUAAUAAGAUUAAGAAAUUUAAUAAGUUGAUUCAAUUUUGUUACCAAGAAAUUAUACACAAAAUAUAUAUACUAAUUCUCUUUAUUCUUUACAUUCUACAUGUCCUACAUGUAAAAGAAAAUUACAUUUUGAAGAAAUAAUUGACUCUUAUAGAAAGAGUAAAUAUGAAAAUUCUAUAGAAUGUCUUUAGAUCAAUUAAGGUUGUGGAUAAGAAUUCAUACCUAAAAUUUAAAUCACAUUAUUUUAAGAAGAAAAUCCUAUUGAAGCUGAAUUGUAUGAUAUUUAAAAUCCUAUAUAAAUUCUCAAAAAUCUUGAGAAUAUUAUUAACAUAAAAGGAGAAAAUAUUAUAUUGAAUGACUAAUUUGAAAAACAAUACAAGAAUCUAUAUGUUAAUAUUAUUUUUUAUAUCAGACUUGUAAAAUUGCCAUAUGGUCAUUUAGUUAAAUGUAAUGAUGUUAAUGAAUUAUAAAAUCAAAUUGAUUAUGCAAUUAAAAAAUUACAAAUGAAAAAAUCAUCAACAAUAUUUUAAAGAGUAGCUAAAGAAUUAAGAGGAAAAUUAUCUCAAUAAGGUGAUUCAUCAGGUAAUUCAAGUUCAAAAUUGAAAUAAGAUGAUUAUAACACAGCAUAAAAUUUUGGAAGUAAAUACACUAAGAAAAUAUUCUCUUCAUUAGUUAAUGAACAAUUUUCAUCAUAAAAUAAAAGAUAGAAUUCAAGUAAUAUUUAAUCAUUAUAGCAAUUUGAUGAAACAAAAGCUGAAAGCUCAAAAUGA